CUCUCAGAGCAUUCUGCUUUGCCGGCUGCCUCUCACUGCUCACUGCAGUGGUUUAGGCUUCAGCAGCCUUGGAGAAGCAUCAGCUGAGAGAAGCUAUCACAUGGAAGCCGGGAGCUGCUCAGCAAAGAUGCCUUUAUGAGGAAACGGAAGUUGAGAAGAGCCACAGAGUUAGUAGUGCCCAGACCUGGUGCUCGAAACCAAAUCUUUUGCUCUUUCUACUCCUCAGCUCCUCCCGUCCUAAGGAAAUAAGAAAUCAGGAAACUUACAUAAGCAACCCCCAAACUGGGGUGCUAUCCCAGAGCUCAGCAGGACCCUGGCAGGGAGACAGAAGAUUUAGAAUCCCUGGAUAAUAUAUCUUGAAAGGGUAGAAGGUUAUGGACAAUGGCAGAAAGGAAGUGACAAAGAAGAACCGAAGGCUCUAAAGGUGGAGUGUUGAGUGAGUGAGCCUCCCCAUCUCGCCAGUCUCCUGCUUCUUAGCAGUCUCCAAGGCAUACUCUGGAGCCGCCUCCUACAGGGAAGGGGAUAUAAGAUCCUGAGCCCUCAGCUGCCUGUUUUGCGCUCUGGACACGGACAAUCCCAGCCUGGGAGGCUGGUGAUAAGAGCCCGACUCAGAGGCUCCAGUAGGAGGCGCUCCUCACAAAACUGGGAAACCUGAGCCUGGGCUCACCAUCCCAGGAUUGCUAGACUAGGAUGGGGGAUGGGCCUGUGACAGGAGGUACCCUGGGUGUCCUCUUUCGGCCCCAUGGAGUCCUCACCCAUCCCCCAGUCAUCAGGGAACUCUUCUAUUCUGGGGAGGGAACCUCAAACCCCAGGUCCCUCUACUACAAGUGGGGUUCCAGAGGUGGGGCUGCAGGAUGUAGCUUCAGAAUCUGUGGCCCUCUUCUUCAUGCUUUUGUUGGACUUGACUGCUGUGGCUGGCAAUGCUGCGGUGAUGGCUGUUAUCGCCAAGACACCUGCCCUCAGAAAAUUUGUCUUCGUCUUCCACCUCUGCCUGGUGGACCUGCUGGCUGCCCUGACCCUCAUGCCUCUGGCCAUGCUCUCCAGCUCUGCCCUCUUUGACCAUGCCCUCUUUGGGGAGGUGGCCUGUCGCCUCUACUUGUUCCUGAGCGUAUGCUUUGUUAGCCUGGCCAUCCUCUCCGUGUCGGCCAUCAAUGUGGAGCGCUACUAUUACGUGGUCCACCCCAUGCGCUAUGAGGUGCGCAUGACGCUGGGGCUGGUAGCCUCUGUGCUAGUGGGUGUGUGGGUGAAGGCCUUGGCCAUGGCUUCUGUGCCAGUGUUGGGAAGGGUCUCCUGGGAGGAAGGAGCUCCCAGGGUCCCCCCAGGCUGUUCACUCCAAUGGAGUCACAGUGCCUACUGCCAGCUUUUUGUGGUGGUCUUUGCUGUCCUUUACUUCUUGUUGCCCCUGCUCCUCAUCCUUGUGGUCUACUGCAGCAUGUUCCGAGUGGCUCGUGUGGCUGCCAUGCAGCAUGGGCCGCUGCCCACGUGGAUGGAGACACCCCGGCAACGCUCCGAGUCUCUCAGCAGCCGCUCCACCAUGGUCACCAGCUCCGGGGCCCCCCAGACCACCCCACACCGGACGUUUGGGGGAGGGAAGGCAGCAGUGGUUCUCCUGGCUGUAGGAGGACAGUUCCUGCUCUGUUGGUUGCCCUACUUCUCCUUCCACCUCUACGUUGCCCUGAGUGCUCAGCCUAUUUCCACUGGGCAGGUGGAGAGUGUGGUGACCUGGAUCGGCUACUUUUGCUUCACUUCCAACCCCUUCUUCUAUGGAUGUCUCAACCGGCAGAUCCGGGGGGAGCUCAGCAAGCAGUUUGUCUGUUUCUUCAAGCCAGCUCCAGAGGAGGAGCUGAGGCUGCCUAGCCGGGAGGGCUCCAUUGAGGAGAACUUCCUGCAGUUCCUUCAGGGGACUGGCUGUGCCACUGAGUCCUGGGUUUCCCGACCCCUACCCAGCCCCAAGCAGGAGCCACCUGCUGUUGACUUUCGAAUCCCAGGCCAGAUAGCUGAGGAAACCUCUGAGUUCUUGGAGCAGCAACUUACCAGCGACAUCAUCAUGUCAGAUGGCUACCUCCGUCCUGCCCCCUCACCCCAGCUGGAGUCAUGAUGGGCCACUGGACACUUGGAGGGAGAUGGGGCUGGGGGCCGGUUAUGAUUGCAAGGACCACCUUGUGGGAUCACCUUUUCCCAGCUGGCUAGGGCUGGGCCUGGGGUCUCCACACACAGCUUUUGCUUAGUGUUUCCUGGGUCAGGAACAGAGUCAACAGAUGAAUGUGUGGCAAAAGCCUUGGACUUGGCUGUGAUCUUUGACUACUGGGGGAGGGAACCUGGGUAUGAUGAGACGAUGACGAGAGAAAAGGGUCACAAAGGUGAGGUGAAGCCUCUCAACCAGUGAGUGAACUUUCCAUGCCUUAGGAAGCAGGUAAAUUCUCUAAGGGGAGGAGUUGGAGGAUAUAGGGCAGCAGGCCAUUUGUAGAUAUUCUGGGGGCCAUUUAGGACAUUUUAUUUUUCAGUGUAAUUUGUCCAGGGCAGUAAUUGCACCCAAGCAAGGUAAGAAAAUGACUUAUGUUUUCUUAUUUCCUUGCUUGCUUUAAAAAAACUACUUUACAGCCAAGUGUUUCCAUUUGAAUUAAUAGACAAUUUUCUAGUUUUAUAACUGAGAUUUCCUUUAAGGGAGAGGACCAGCAGGGUGUAUUCCUUUCCUAAAUUUGUCCAGAAGGUGAAAUAGCAAUUAGGGUACAUGGAAUACAAGACAGGAAAGCUGACUGCAGCUCUCUUUCUCCCACUCUUCAGGAAAAGCCCUUCUGUUCUAUUUUUCUUUUUCUCUCCUGCACAUAGGAGAUCAGGCUUGGGGCUUGAUAUCAGCAGAGACAAGAAUAAGACAAGAUGACUUUUUCUUCCUUUUAGGAUAAAGAAUUAGAAUGACUGGGGGUCAGAUGGCUAAGGGUAGGUUUGGCGUUUGAAUUGCUAAGGUGAUAUAAAAAGGCCAGGUAAUAACCCUGAUCAAUAAUACUGCAAAUCUUUUCUUUGCAGGACUGGCCUCCCUGAUCUCUCUCCUCAUGGCAGUGACCCACCUCCAGCCCCUUGGACAAUCGGGUACAAGAGACUAAGGUUGGGCAUGGGAAGGGUGGGGUUUCCAUGGUCCAUUAAAUGCCUCCCUACUCUCAUUCAUCGCUCUCAAAAUUAGCUUCAGUGACAAAGACUUAAAUCUCUCUCUUAUCUAUAGCCCUGGGUUGGAGAAAGGGCACAGGAGUUGGGCUUUGCUGUUCACUGUUUGAGACUGUAGGAACUGUGUUGGUUAGUACUGGUGGUGAUAUUUUCAAUGAAGAGGGAAUAAUUGCAAACUGGACAGGACACCCAUCAGGGGCCACCUGUCUAUUCCACUUCUCUCAAUUGAAUCAGGUAAUAUUCAAGAGUCAAGACAGGGCCAGAGGGUGUUGUGGUCUGUAUUUGAACAAAAUCCUGACUCACCGAGCAUCAAAGGGGGGGAAAAUGGGCUGGUGGGAGUGGGACAGUUUCCCCUUUAAACAGCUAAUAAAUAAUUUUUAUAACAAAAAGUUAUAUUGAUAUCAACAUUGACUCCUUCAGUUCAAUUCAGUGCAUAAUAGAACCCUCGCUAUUCCCUGGGAUUCACAGAGGAAAUACAGUCACUGACUGUCUUUAAGGAAUUCAUAAUCUAAUUUGAUCAGGUAUUUUCACAGAACAUUUUGAUCCGAUAAAGCACUAUAGAAUGUGUUUGAGAACUAGCACAUUACAGAAUAUAUUCAUGGUUUUAACAUCUGUGAGUUUGGUUUGUUGCAGCAAGAUACCAACAUGGACACUUCCUGAAGAGUGUAGAAGUUAAGGGGUUGUAAAAGAAACGCUCUCAUGAACAAAAAAUUUUAUUAAAUGAAACGAACUUAACUUUCUCCCUUUUGAUCCAGGAAAAUUGCUAGGUUUCUGUCUUCCUACCACUAGACUAGCCUAG